CUGGAGAAACAUGACCUUCAGCAACUUAUCUCCUAAACGACCCAGAACUGAGCUGUGCUAGGGUCUGCUCUCGCUCCAGACAGACCUGGGUGGCUGGUGAGCCUCGGUUCAUGUGAGAUGCUAGAUGUCACCUGCAGAAGAAGAGAAGAGCUUACCUCUUCCACAGAGGUGGCCCCGAGCCAGCAAAUUUGCUCUGUCAGCCUGUGCAGCGGCUGUGGCAGAACUAGUGACAUUUCCCCUGGAUCUCACGAAAACUCGGCUGCAGAUCCAAGGUGAGGCUGCCGUCCAUCGGGAUGGAGCUGCGUCCGGCCAGGCAGCCCCGUACCGUGGGAUGCUGCGCACGGCAGCAGGAAUAGUGCAGGAGGAGGGAUUAGGGAAGCUCUGGCAAGGAGCCACGCCAGCCAUCUACCGCCACAUAGUGUACUCUGGUGUUCGGAUGGUUGCUUAUGAACAUCUCCGUGACUCUGUGCUUUGUAGGGCUGAGGAUAAAACCUUUCCUCUCUGGAAAGCUGUGGUUGGAGGCAUGUCUGCAGGUGCCAUCGGACAGUUUUUCGCCAGCCCAACUGAUCUGGUGAAGGUGCAGAUGCAGACGGAGGGAAAGAGGAAGUUGGAAGGAAAGCCGUUACGGUUUCGGGGUGUGCACCAUGCAUUUCUGAAGAUUCUGUCUGAAGGAGGAAUACGGGGACUUUGGGCUGGAUGGGUGCCAAAUGUUCAGAGGGCUGCUCUGGUGAACAUGGGAGAUCUGACCACUUACGACACAGUGAAACACUUCUUGCUUCUGAACACGCCACUUGUGGACAACAGUGUGACUCACAGUGUUUCCAGUGUCUGUUCUGGCCUGGUAGCAGCUGUUCUGGGAACCCCUGCUGACGUGGUCAAAACCCGGAUAAUGAACCAGCCGAGAGACAAGCAGGGAAGGGGUCUGCUAUAUAAGUCUUCCAUGGACUGCUUGAUUCAAACUGUCCAGGGUGAAGGGUUUAUGUCUCUGUACAAAGGCUUUAUACCAACCUGGAUGCGAAUGGCUCCUUGGUCGCUGGUAUUCUGGCUUACAUAUGAACAAAUCAGAAGGAUCUGUGGAGUUAGUUCUUUUUAAAAUCCUCAAUAUUGGCAAAACAGAGAAGAAUCAAAAAACUGAAUUCUCAUUUCACAUGGCAGUAGGAUCCAUGUAUACAUUGCUUCUCCAAAUCCAGUCCUUACUGGUUAGAAACAGCCAUGACUUAAGGACACUAUUUGGUUGUCAGACUGCUAAAUGCAAUUUAUAUUAUCUGCACAGACUAAAAUUGUCACAAUAAUACUUCAACUAGCAGCCAUCAUGAGCUUACUGAAACAGUAAACAGGGUAAAAGAAAAAGUCUACCAAGUAAAUGGAAUAUAAUAAUGUCUGCUUGUUUGACAAUAGAGAUGGUUCCUAUUGUUAAGGACAAGAGCAAAACGUAGCACUGAACAUCUUCUGUGGCUAAGCAUCUAUAAAAUUAUUUGGGCAUUUUUGUUAUUAAUUGUGUUUGCACACACAUAAAGAACUACUUCUUGUUAGUGUGAUGCCUCAGCAAACCAAGCCUGAAAAAGGUAUUGAAAAAGAUAAAAGCAGUUUAUCUGAUUCUGCUUCCAAAAGCGGAAGGGUUUGUGUUCCUUUUACUUCCCAGAGACUGCCUGACCUCCGUACUCAACCAUGAGUAGAUCCAUGAUUGAAAUGCAGUCCUGUUCCCAAGAAAUCAAAAGCCUUGUUCACUCCGCCCCUCUUGAAGGACUCAUGAUACUCCAAGCUGAACUACUUGUCCCGUGACAGUCCCGGUGCUGAUGUGGCAGACUGGGUUAUUAAGGUACCACUUUCCCAUGGAAAUAUGCACUCUGCCCACUUUAAAUCUUGGUGGAAAUAUAACAUUCUCUUUAAAACACAAAAUGUUUGAAGAGGAGUGAUUUGUUUAUUUUGAAACCUAAAGCCUUCCAGAUUUCAUAGGGAAGGAGAUUAGUGCUGUUUGUCACUAGGUUCAUCUUUGGCAAUGAAGAGGCAAAAAUGCAGUAUUAAAAGCCACCAUUAGUAGACAGAACAAAGCUGGCUUUGAUUUAGUAAUAUCUAAUAAUGGAAUGACUGUGCAAGACUUGGCUCUCUGAGUAAAUACUCAUGAUUUCUUCUGAUCUUUGCAACCAGUGACUUCAAUGUGCCAAUUUCUCGUUAAAUAAAGUCUGGAUGUCUUUUGGCUUGCA